ACCUCGCAGCCUUCUCGGAACCGGUACGUUGCGCGCUUCUACGCUAAAAUCGCCUACAUCUCCUCUCCUUUUUUCCUCUCCCUUUUUUUUUUCAUUCACGUCCUCUGGUUUGGCCAGACGGGACGGGGAGCCUGGUUCUUUUGGUAGUGUUUGGAUGCAUUACGCGGGUGGCGGGGAAAGUGGCAUUUCUAGCGCCGUGCCCUGAUUCCAUUUAUUUAUUUAUUUUUAAUCUCCCUUUUAUUUAUUAGUUAUUAUUUAUUUUCUUUCUUUUGCCUUGUGUCAUUACGUCUAUUGUCUUUUUUUUUUCCUUUUCGCAUCUUACAUGUCUGCCACUACUACUGCUUUCCUUUCACGUACUUUUCCCCCCCUGCUGGCCGUUGCCAUUCUCAACCCAUCAGCCAAGCAAAAUUAACAGACAUCGGCCCAACGCUUUUCGUUGUCGUCGUCGUCCUCAUUCACCUCCCUUUCUCUCGUUCCUAGUUCUGACGCAUCGAUUUUAGCCUACGCCCAACAUGACCACCGUCGAGAGCACCGACCCCAAGGUCGAGGGUACCAAGCCCACAGAGGUCGCCGAGACGAAGCCUGUUACCUCGGCACCGGUCUUCUCUAUGUUUGGUGGUGGCGCAAAGAAGGAGAAGAAGGAAGACGAGGACCGCGGAGACAACUCUGGCAGUGCCAAGGCCCAGCGCGAGGCCGCUGCCGCCGCGAAGGGCGACGACGAGGAGGAUGUUCCCGAGUCGGAAGACGUCCACUUCGAACCUGUCCAUAAGCUCACCGAAAAGAUCAAGACCGUGACGCACGAGGAGUCCGAGGAGGAGAUCUUCAACAUGCGGUGCAAGAUGUUCCGAUUCACCCAGGACGCCGACGGCAAAGGAGAGUGGAAGGAGCGCGGGACCGGCCCCCUCCGCCUGUUGAAGCACAAGGAGAACGGGAAGAUCCGCUUGGUCAUGCGACGAGAUAAGACCCUCAAGGUCUGCGCCAACCACUACAUCACCCCGGACAUGACGAUCGCCCCCAUGUCCACGAGCGACCGAGCAUGGCUCUGGAACGUGGGCGCCGACGUCAGCGAGGGUGAACCCGAGGCCAUCACCGUCUCGAUUCGCGUUGCCAACUCUGAGAAUGCCCAACAGUUCAAGGAGGCCUGGCUCAACGCCCAGAAGGCGAACGCAAUUCUUUUUGAGCAGGCCAAGCACGACGAGGCCUCGGGUGAAGAGGCGAAGACGGAGGAAAAGAAGGAGGAGCCUGGUACUACUGCCUCGUCGUAAGGUUGACGGUAUGCGGUCGGCCGGUAGCAUCUAGACCUCGGCCCACGGCCGUGUUAUAGGGUGCAUAAUCAACACACCUCUACUUCAUUACGCCUGUAGUCAUGUCGAACGACAACUGUGUUGCGGAUGGCUGGGUAAGACGGGCUUGUCUCAGGUCGGGCAUGUUUGAUGGAGCAAGCCUGUGGUAGCAGAGGACGCUGUUAAUGGUAAGGAAAUAGUGAGGCAGAGAGAAAGAGAGAAAGUGGGAGAGAGAAGUAAGAACAGAGACGGAGAGAGAGAGAGGAGGAGGAAUGGCGAGGAAGAGAGGGAAGAUAUUAUUAGAUUAGGUUAGUGGGAGCCGUUGAGCAUCAACCCUGACCACCCCCCCCCCCCCCCCC